AACCAGACUCCUAACUAUAGAGAACAAACUGGUGGUUACCAGAGAGGAGGUGGACGGGAGAUGUGUGAAACAGCUGAUGGGGUUUAAGGAGGGCACUUGUCAGGAGCACUGAGUGAUGUAUACAACUGUUGACUCACUGUAUUGUACAUCUGCAACAAGUAUAACACUGCAUGUUAACUACACUGGAAUUAACAAUUUUUAACUUUUUACAAAACAGAAUAGUAUUCCAUUAUGCGUAUAUAUCACGUUUCGUUUAUUUAUUCACCUGUUGAUGGAUAUUGGGGUUGUUUCCAUCUUUUGGCUAUUGUGAAUACUGCUGCCAUGAACAUGGUUGGGCAAGUAUGUGUUCGAGCUCCUGCUUUCAAUUCUUUGGAGCACACACUCAAAGGAAGAAUUGCAGGAUCAUAUGGUAAUUCUGUUUAGGUGUGAUUUUUGGAGGAACCGCCAUCUUGUCUUCCACAGUGGCUGUGCCACCUUCCGAUUCCCACCAGGGGCACACAAGGGCUCCAGUUUCUCCGUAUCUUUGUCGACAUUUAUUACGUUUCAUUUUUGGAUUAUAGCCAUCCUAAAGGGCGUGAAAGAGGAUGGACAAGCCAGCCUUUCAGCCAACAGAGGCCUGCCUGGAGGGGCUAUGGUAUGCAGUGGAUUGAGGCACGCAAUGUCUGAUGUCAAAAUCCAUGUGGGGUUCUGUUUACCUUCCUUUCCUGGAAACGACCGACUGUAGAGUACCGUAAAGGCCCUGCCUCCCAUGUAACUUCCAAUGCUGCUGCUAGAGCUCAUGCUGGCUCAGGUGUGCUGGAACAUCAGUGACUUGCUCUGAGAGGCUGAGUCAGGGGCAGACACCCGGGAGGUGAGCUGGUCACCCAUCACAAUGACCAGGGGCUGUGAUCAAAGCAGCCUGCAUCACACAGGUCAGGGUUCAUCCCAAAGACAGGUGUGGUGGUGGGGCACAGAGACAGGACUCUUCACGAGGCAGGGGCACCUGGAGUUGGAAGGGCAGGAACGUCGUCAUCUGCUUGGUAGAAGGAGGGGUAGGUGCUGUUUGCACUGAAGCUGGCCCCCAGCCCCAGGAGGGGAGCUCUUUAUGCACAAAAAGGAGGGGGCGUAGGGACUUUUUGAGGUCUGGCAACCACCCCACUGGGUCACAGCCCACUGAAUGGAAUAGGCUCGGGGCUGUGUUCCAUGGGAAUGAAAUGGAGUACCAGUCAAGAGCCUAGGGGUCCAUGCACACAAGACAGGGUGAGCUCAGAUUGCUCCCCAGUGCCCAGCUGUGAGGCUCCCUGCUAAAACUUCAGGGCUGGGGGGGGUCGAGGGGCAGGAUUGGACCUACCUGUGGCUAUCAUUCAACUGGGAACGCAGAACCUUCUUCACCCUGGAUGCUCCCGAUCCCUGCUGGAAAACAUGAUUUGUGCUUCUGAAUCAGGGCACCUGUAAGUCCUAGGCCCGUGGCUUGCUUCCUCAGUGCGGCGUUAUGUGGGUAGCUUGAAAUGGGCCAUGGUGGGAGCAUUUGCACGACAGAAAUGCAGAAAUCGGUAAACGCCUAUUUAUUUGCCUCCAAAGGUGGUUGUUAAAUAUUUACCAGCACACGACUUGCCCUGCUUGAGAGGUGAAUCCGAUGUUCUCAUCGGCUCAGGUUCGGUCUGGGGCCUGCUCAUGCCCCUUUGUCCCAGGACCCCUGUCCACCUGCCCAUUGAUCCCUGCUGCCAUCAACCCCUGGGUGACUGAGUCAUGUGCAGGGUGGGGCUGAGAGGAUUGGGGCAGUUGUGCUCGGUUGGCACAGCUUUGGGGACAAUGGCUGUUUCCCCGGCAUGUGACAGAAGCAGGGCUAACCAACCUGUCUGUGUCUAGGUCAUCUGCCAUGGCAGGUGUGGUGUACUCCAGACAGGCCCCUGUGGACUUAGAUAUAUACCAGAGCUCUUACAUGAUUGACUAUCAACCCUACGGGAAGCACAAAUACUCCAGGGUCACACUACAAGAGCAAGUGAAGCUGGAUGCCCAGCUCCGGGACAAAGAGUUGUACAGGCCGAUCCCCAGCUCCAAGCCCAAGCUAGAGGAUGGGUACCCCGCCUUCAAAACUCCUCCCAUGACCGCCAGAGACCUGGGACUCCCAGGCUUCUUCCCACCACGAGACCAAGACCGGGCGACCACGGCAGAGGGCGAAGGCAGGUUCACCGGUCUCUUCCAUUCCGUGUACCCGGUUUCCCACGCUCUGUACCUGGCCCAGGGCGAUCCCAACCGCGUCCACCAGAGCGCCCACUUUCCGUGCCUCCUGGAGCCCGAGCGCCAGCCUGCCGCCAAGGAGGGCAAAGGCUACUUCCUACUGCCUGGCUGCCUCUGUCCUCAUCACCACAAAGUCAAGUUCCCCGUCUUGAACCGAUGGGGGCCCUUGAUGCCGUUUUACCAGUAGGAAGUGUGGGGCGCCCGCAGGGGCACUGUGGAAACCCUCCCUCUCACCGGGCAAUCCCCCACUGCCCUUGGAGAAUGGACAGGAGAAGUGAAAAUAAAGCCGUGGAAGAUGAUCCAGGAGCCCCGCCUGUUCUACUUUGCGCCCUGCCUGCCCUGGGACCACAUCUCUGCCCACCUGUAGGAGGAGGAGGGGAUGAGGGAAGGAGGGCAGGACGGAGGGAGAGAAGGAAAACUGGCGUCUUUGGAGGCUGGAAUCCGUGUCAGUUGAAUGUCCUGCUGUAAAGAUUCUUGCUGCUGCAGGCAUUUACUUACGAAAUGGGAAAAAUCACGUUCUCCAGAGUUGUCUGGAUGUUGAGUGCGAUUGCAAACUGGUCCCACGCUGGAGCCACCCACAGUGACCACUUCAAGGGCGUCAUUUUACACGUUCCUUCUUGCUCAGCGGUGCUUUUGCAAACAUGCAUAUGCCCUCUUAGGGGCACAAUGCAGAAAUGACAUUCUUCACUUCCAGUUCUGUCCUCUUGGCCACAGCCUAGCCACAUGGUCCCACCAAACUGCAAGGAAGGCUGGGAAAUAUACCUUCAUCCUGGGUGGCCAUGUGCCGGUGAAAAACAGGAAGCCAGCAGAAUAGAAGGAGAGGGUGUAUUGGGGUGGACGACUGUCCAUUUUUGCCACAAAACCUGAGGAGGCUUUCCCAUUGGAAUCACACCAGAGACCUAGUGCUUCCCUAGGGAAUCUCGUUAAAAUUCAGAUUCUGAGCCAGUCUAGGACAGGGGCAAGAGUCUGCAUUUCCAGCAAGCUCCCAGGUGAGGCCAGCACUUCCGGACAGGGGACCAUGCUUGAGUAAUGAGGUCAUACACAAUACUCUGCACCUUCCGUUUCUCUUCACAAGCCAUCACUUACAGAUCUAUUUUUUCCUUCUUUGUUUUUGUUUGAUUUUAACAGCCUCCAUGCCCAGUGUAGGGCUUGAACUCACGACCCUGAGACCAAGAGUUGCAUGCUCUACCUAGUGAGCCCAUCAGCCACCCCAGAUGCAAUUAUUGUUAUUAUUUUAAAGUUUAUUUAUUUAUUUUGAGAGAGAGAGGGAGUAGGAAUGAGGG